AUGCCCUCAAGCAAGGCGACAUUGGUCGAAGUCGUGAAUAUCUUGCGCAUCUGGACGUUAAUGAUGCGGUCACCGAAGACAAUGCCUCGAUAUGCAGACGCCAUGUUCGAGACACUUGUUCGCAUCAAGCACUUUCCAGACAAACAGAGGGAGCUCUACCUUGCAAAUUGGCUGGUUAAUCUAUCUGGUCGUCCCUUCGGCUUCAAACCUGUCGACUUGCUACAAGAGCACCAGAAUAUGUGGGCGAAGACAGUAUACAACGCAAAGGGUGCCAACAAAAACUGGAACUGGCUCGCGAUGAUUACGGUCUGUAUUUACAGUCUUCGUGAAGCUAUGCGAACAGUACAGACCUCAUUUCGCAUUCCGGCAUAUGGCGAGAAACAUAAGAGCCCCGAAAUCAAAGCCGAGGUUGCGAUCAUCGCCGCUGCGCUGAAGCCUGAGGACAAUAACAUCCAAGCAUAUACAGCCAAUCGACCUGCGAACGAUCAUAUAAAGCCAGUUCGAGACCUGCUAAGGGAAGGUGCCAGCCAAGCUAGCACGCGAAAAGCCUUCGCGCGGUUUACACGGGACAUCCGUCGCGCAAAGCGACACGGGUUUGAAGUGAAUACUAUGGAACAGGAAGCGGGAGAGGAGGAUGAAGGUGACGAGGCAGAGCAGCACGAAUAUGAUGCUCGACAGGAAGACCUGGAGAUUGAUGACGAUGAGUUGGCGAUGAAUCCCGAGCUGUUGCUUGAGGCUGCUCGGGAAAUGGCGGAUGCGGCGUUCGCGGAAAUGGAUAUCGGCGACUGA